ACGACACCGCCCGCCGUAAGGGCGCGCGGCAUCCUGGGACAUGUAGUCUGGCCGGGACUUGGACGCCCCCUCGGAUGAGUGGGGCCGGGGCUGACUGCGAACUACAGCUCCUCAGCUGGCGGCGUCGGUGGCGGCCGCGGGGGAAGGGGAGACUGCGGCGGUCCCCGGGGAGAGCGGCGCUCCGGGACCGUGCGAUGUUCUGUGCCGCGGCGAGGGCGGCUGGCCUGCUUCCUGGGGUAGCGGUAUAGGCGGGCGCUUCCUCUGCGCGCUCGCUCCCCUUCCCCUGCUGCAGCCAUGCGCCCGGCCUUCGCGGUGGGCCUGGUGUUUGCAGGCUGCUGCAGUAACGUGAUCUUCCUAGAGCUCCUGGCCCGGAAGCACCCAGGAUGUGGGAACAUCGUGACAUUUGCACAAUUUUUAUUUAUUGCUGUGGAAGGCUUCCUCUUUGAAGCUGAUUUGGGAAGGAAGCCGCCAGCUAUCCCAAUAAGGUACUAUGUCGUGAUGGUAAUGAUGUUCUUCACGGUCAGCGUGGUGAACAACUAUGCCCUGAAUCUCAACAUUGCCAUGCCUCUGCAUAUGAUAUUUAGAUCUGGCUCUCUAAUUGCCAACAUGAUUCUAGGAAUUAUCAUUUUGAAGAAAAGAUACAGUAUAUUCAAAUAUACCUCCAUUGCUCUGGUGUCUGUGGGGAUAUUUAUUUGCACUUUCAUGUCAGCAAAGCAGGUGACUUCCCAGUCCAACUUGAGUGAGAAUGAUGGAUUCCAGGCAUUUGUGUGGUGGUUACUAGGUAUUGCGGCACUGACUUUUGCUCUUCUGAUGUCAGCAAGGAUGGGUAUAUUCCAAGAGACUCUAUACAAACAAUUUGGGAAACAUUCCAAGGAGGCUUUGUUUUAUAAUCAUGCCCUUCCACUUCCCGGUUUCAUCUUCUUGGCUUCUGAUAUUUAUGACCAUGCAGUUCUAUUCAAUAAGUCUGAAUUAUAUCAAGUUCCAGUCGUCGGCUUGACAAUGCCCAUCAUGUGGUUCUACCUCCUCAUGAAUGUCAUCACUCAAACCCUUUCACUCUGUGGCACUGGCUGGGCACCUUGUUUGUCUUCGUUGGGACCUUAAUGUACACAGAGGUGUGGAACAACCUAGGGACCACAAAAAGUCGGCCUCAGAAGGACGACAAGAAGAACUGAGGUCUGCCUGGAAUAGAGAGACCGUGUUGUAGUGAGGGAGGGAUCUGGCGGGGGUCUAGCCACCAUUUCACUUUUGUCAGUGCAGAAUUACCGCCAGUAUUGAACCAAACAUGCACCAGAGAAUGCUCAGAAGGAGGGGACUUCUCAAAUUUCUCACGGCUAUACAGACCGACAUUUGUAGACAUCUCUUGACCCUAGCAUAGAAAAGAGAACAGUUCUGUCCUAUUGAACAGCUCGUUCAUUUGUUAUUUCUGUUUUGUUUACCAAAAUAUUCAGUACUGGUUUAUUGAAUUCUGAGUCCCCAGAACUACUGGCUUAAUAUCUGUGGUCUUGGACAAGAUUAUCCCUUUUGUUGCUGUUCUGAUGUUUCUCUGCCAUAGCAGUCGUUAUCAUCCUGCGGUCUCAUCCCUUUUGUCUCCUGUCAUUCCUCCACUCCUUGGCAGCACUUUUUAGCCAGUUAGACACGCCAGGCACCAUCAUCACCAGGAACAACUGAGUGGCCAAGUAAACUGAGACACCAGUAACAUGGGGGCCAGACUUCCUCCAGCAUACUGGAAAAGAAGCCGUUCACCCUGUGAACCGAGCCCCGGUGACACUGGAGCAGAACUGGUGGGACCCCCCCAACACCUGCUUUCCCACAUUUUGCUUUUUUCUCCUAUGCAAAAGUCAGAUGCUUUUCCCAUCUGUUGCUUUCUGUGCUUAGAACAAUCCUACAGCAUAUCUCAUGUCAGGCAAAGUGUUAAUAAGAAAGAAAGGUUGUUUAUGGAUGGGCAGAAGGGAAACUCUUUGCCUCAGUCUUUCUCAGGAAGCCCAUUAGCCUAGGCCAAGAUGGUGACAGCAGGAGGGCCCAGCAGCAGCUAGCCCUGCUCCACCUGCAUCCCCUCCUAUAGCACUCACAGGGCAGGAGGAUGGGCCCCAAGUGGGAGGGAAAAUCUUUGAAAGGCUUUGCAACCAGGAGAUUCAGCUUUGCCUGACAAGCCUGAUAGAGUAACGACCAGUUAGGUGAAUGAACAAAGUAGAUGUAUAGUGGGUGUGGGUGUGAUGUAUAAAUCAGAUCCAGUCACAGCUACAAUUCAAAGUUAUUCUCUUUUUUUCUAUGAGAUAUCUUAAUGUUCUAGAUGGGUAUUGGGGGAAUGGUUGUGUGUGCUUUAUUAUAUGUAGAAAUGUGCCUCUCUCUUGCUAAUCAUUUCAAAGGUCUGGUUUUCCUCAUAGAGAAUAAUCUUGAGAAAGAGGACUGCUGUCACUAUAGUGUGUGUAGCAUGUGCGUGCUCUAGUGUAGUUUGCGAUGAAAGAGCAUGGAAGUCAAUGUUCUUUUAUUUUCCCUUUCUUCACUUAGCUGGGACCUUUAUUAACUUCAUACCAGUACAUGCUCCUCAGUAAGCAGCUAAACGUAAUGGCCACUUCUCUUUUUGCCUAUAGACAGGGCUUUUAAAUUUUUUUCUGGGUGUAAAUUGUGUUCUUAAAUUGAAAUGGGGCUUUCUGGGUCUUCUGGGCUCACUCCAUGGUGUGGUAUAGUUAUUCCACUGUCUAGAGCUAUUCUUUGGUGGGUCUGAGCAGCAGCAGUGAAGAGAAAUAUCCUAGAACCACUGGGUUGCAUGGAGAAGUCAUUUAAACUGCCUCGGUUUUUUGUUACUUAAAAUGUGGAUACUAUUUCUUCACCUAAGUCAUUGGGUUUGCAGAGUUAUUUGUUAUUCUGGACAUUGACAACUUUCCACUGCCAGUAAUGGCCUUUUCUAAAAGAUGCUGAAUUAGAUGUGAAACCAUUCAUAGAAUCAAAAGCCACUUGCUUUGAAAUAUGUGGAGUUCCUCAGAAUUGAUGGUGCUAUAAAUGUCCUAGUGUUAAAUAACCUCUUAAGAAUGAAAACAACAAAAGUUACUUUUAUUGCUUAAUAGAAGAACCUGUCCCUGGGGGCUAUUUGCUUGCUAUACAUCUGUAGUCUCCGGGUAACUCUUAAUAGGAUAUAGCCUUACAUAACAUAGCAUCACCCUUUUUAUGUUGAUGGGAAACAUUACAAUUUUCAGUUAUUUGAGACAUUCUGAUGUACACAGACAGCAUUUGGGCCCAUUAGGUUUUAGAUCCUGGUUUUAAAGCAUGUCUGUUCCUCUCAGCAUGAAUACCUGGCCAGUCUUAUUAAUAGGAGGAUAUGUAUAGAUGGAUCAUAGAUCAAAGCACACAUACAACAAAACAAGCGCAUGGAGGAACAGAAUGCCUGAAAUGCCCUGUGAACCAGCUUUUCUCUCUGGUAGUAAGAUACAAGGAAAUAUGUCUAAAGAAUACCAGUUAAUACUUUACUCUUUAAAAAAAACUUAUUCCCCUUGGUUAACUGAUUUUUCAAUCUAGGUUGAAAAUUUUUUCAACCUUUAUUAAAAGGGCAGAUAAACCAUUUUGUAGCAGAUCAUACUCAUAUCUAACUGGAGGAGAAAUGUCUGUUAAAUGCCUUUCCUCUUUCUCUGGGUCAAGACCAUGUAGUUUUGUGCUUCACAGAUAGAGGAUAUAGUUUGUUUACAAAAGAGUUUGGUAUGUAGGGCAUGUAAAACUCUACGCUAGAGCAAAAAGCAAAUAGCAAAGGGCAUUAGCCAAAAAAUGCAGUGUGUGUGUGCGUGUGCACGUCUGUGCCCACUGACUAGCGUGGCCAGCGUAAUAAAUAAUGUAACAGGAGAAGACGGUGGAUGUUUGAAUUACAUUAGUUUAAUGUCUACGUAUCCUUUGCCAAAAUUCUAUUAUCACAUUAUAAGUGUUAUCCUUUUCUUGUUUAUCAGUAAUUUAUUUUUGAUUCUUUGUUUUCUUUUUCAUCCAACUAAACCAACCAUUAAUGUACUUGAUAAGUUUAUAUCGAGUUCAAAAGUAUUUAGACACAAUCUAAAUAGUUGGCUUUGUUUUAUUUUGUUUGUUUCCUCCUUUCUGUCCAGUUGACCAAAAUGAAAUACUGCAGGAUUUUAAUUUGGUCAGUGACACAAACAGAGGAAAACCACAAAAGCUGCAUUGAUCUGUGCCGCCCAGAGCAAACCUCUUCUAUUCCUCUGGGAGGAUGACAUGAUAUUUUUAAAGGAUUCUAAUAAACAUUUUGUGGUCCUCUCCUGAGCAUCUUACCUCUAUUUUUUUCACUUCCUAACCCCUACCUCCAAUUUCUUCACUGCAGCCUCCAUUCACUUGCAGUGUUUUCUACCGAGGUAGACCUAUAAUCUCGUAUCUGUUUAUGCCUCUAUUCUUUGGGGCCUCUGAAUGUUUUUGUGGAGUUUUACAGAGUAUUUAUAUCUGCACAGCAUGUAUUUUGUUAUACAUUCUUAUAAACAUUGAUAUUAGGAGUGUGCAUUUAUAAGGAUGAGAAUAUCUGGCAGGGUAUGUGACUACUAUAUGUAUAGAUGAGUAUGAACAUUAAGGGUUAUGUAGAAGUAUUUUAUAUAUUCUGUUACUGUUCAGAGUGGGGGCUGAGAAUCAUUAUCAUCAUUUUCUUCUAUAUUUGGAAAAUGAUAGCUUUCUUAUUUGUUCUUUUUACCCUAUCGUUCACUGGCUUCAUUCAACAGUGCCAGAUACCUAUGAAGAGGGGAAGUAAAAAACAUUAGGUCAGGAAUAAUUCCAAACCGAUGAAUCGGCUCUGGGCCGGUGGGCAUGUUCAUCGUUGGACCAACUGGCAUUGACGUAAGCAGAUGUACAAAUACACAUGGAGAAGAACCACAUUAUAGAGAUCGGAAAUCAAGAUUCUACAUUUAUUGUCUUUUGUUUCUCUUUGGCUUAGAGCAAAUAGAAUUAUGAAUAAUUCUGUCCUUAUUAGAUGACCAAAGCAUUUUGGUCUCAAUAGCUUUCUCCUGAAAAAUAUGACUGAGUCUUACCUGUGGCAGUUCAUUCUUAGAUGGAAAGAACUGUCAAUAUAGAUAAAAUCCAUUCAUUAUUAUUAUUGGUUGGUGUGCCACUUGAAAAUGAGUAAAAACAGUAUUUGUAAGUAAAAGAACUAGUCAAGUUUUGGAUUAUGUUCACCAUACACUAAGCUGGGGUGAGAGACUGGCCCCUCUUGGCUUUGUAAUAUGUUCUGUCUUCCCAGCAGCUCCCUCACAAUAGACAUUCCAGGGGCGAGAAGGGCCAAGGAUCAUGUUUUAUUCAUUUCUGUAUUGCCAGCCCCUGGCACAGUGUGUCUGACUUGUGUUACAUGAAUAAACAAAUGCUUCCCUAAA